AUGGGUGGAGGGGGGGAAACGGUGCUGGUCUCCGCGGUCGUGCGCGAAUUAAGUGUCCUGGAGUAUUUUCGUGGGGGGAUUUUCUUGAUGAGCGUUGGGAGGGGUGCGAAGAAUAGGCUCCUGCCCCUCUUGCAGGGCCUGGCCCGGGAGAUGGGCGCAGCGCCCGCGCAUGCUCCGCACGGGAACCCUGGCGACCUCGACAGCCUAGAGCACGUUAUGCAGCACCUGACUACAGUGGUAUCCACGGGCACCUCCCCGCGCCUGGUAGUGCUGGAUGACGUAUUGGAGCGCGAGGUCGUGGAAGCCCUUCUGCCUCUGGGAUUGAAGUUGGUGGUGACCACGCGUGAUCGUUCGGUUGUCGGCGUUCCAGGGGGUUGCUUGGAGGUAGGAGACAUGACGGAGGAAGAGGCGCUGGAGCUGCUGAUGUUGGCGAGCGGGGCGGUGUCGUCAAGGAUUGCGGAUUUACCUCUCGCUAUGGCCGUCAUCGGUGCCAUGGACGAGUCGAGGGAAUCCCCUCACCGUCCUGACACCUGGACAAAGCUUCAUGAGAAGCUCAGCGCAAAGCCAGAGUUUGUGUACGAGGAGGGCCUCGACAACGGCCUUGGCAACGUGCUCGAGUUGAGCUUCAGCGCUCUUGACGCAGACGCGAAGGAGAGAUUCCGCAGGCUGGGAGUAUUGGCCGGCGGGGCGCUGGCCCCCAUGGAGAUGCUGUCCUACCUGUGGGACCAGGGACCAGGCAACAGCUUGCUGUUCGUGGGCCAACUAGUGGACAAGUCACUCGUCCAGGCGGUGGAGCACAAGUACCGCCUGCACGACUUGGUCCUAGCCUUCGUCAAGAGCAAGCUCUGCUGUCUGAAGAUGGAACGCGUUGUGUUGGUUACAUCCCGCCUGGCCCAGUACCUGAGCAGGCUGUCAGUACUCCAGGAAUACGCCGAGGCCGAUGAAAUGCAGGGUGGCCUAUUUGCCCUUAUGGGUCUGUGGGGAUCAGUGGAGGAGCUCUCGCGGGAUAAUACGCUGCAGACCACCAUGUACGGCAAAAUUCUGAGUGAGCUGGAGGCAUGCGAGGCGACUGCAGACACGGCGAUUUCCUACGGAGCUGUCGGAAAUUUGUUCUUCCUCCAGGUGAGAGCCACUAGAAAUUUCUUGCUGGUGAGUAGUGUCAGUUCCUCCCGGGCCGUUCCCUCACAAACCCCGCUGCUUGCUGUGCGGGGAAAGUAUGCUGACGCGGAGCCACUGUGUGAGCGGUCGCCAGCCAUACGAGAGAAGGUGCUGGGUCCGGAGCACCCGGAUGUGGCCCAGUCGCUCAACAACAGGGCGGGGUUGUUGCAGAGUCAGGGAAAGUACAGCGAGGCGGAACCGUUGUAUGUUAGGGCCAUCGCCAUCGGAGAGAAAGACCUUGGUCCCGAGCAUCCAGAUCUUGCCGUUUGGCUCAACAACCGGGCGGGGUUGUUCAGGAGUCAGACGCGACCUGUAUCAAAACACGACCCUGUCACGCUGCCGACUGCAUUCCAGGGGAAGUAUGAGGAGGCCGAGCCUCUGUACAAGCGCUCGCUGGCUAUCGAUGAGAAAGUGUACGGUCCUGAUCACCCGGAGGGCAAAUAUGCCGGAGCUGUGCCCCUCAAUGAACGGGCCACGGAGAUUUGGAUGAAAGCCUUCGGUCCUGAGCACCCGACAGUGGCAACAGCGCUCAACAACCGGGCGUGGUUGUUGGAGAGUCAGGUUGGGCACCGCGGUGCCCCGCAAUAGUGCAGGUGGAGAAACAUUCACACACUCACACACACGCGAUCAAGAGAAAAACAAGACACACACUCACUCACGAACAGCGGAUAGACGCAACACAAACGCGGCGCGCGUGCUGCUGCAGACCCGAAGAGCUGUACGCAGCGCAGAGGCGCACCAUGCCUUGUGCGGACGGUGAGCUGUGCCACCAACCAGACAAGACGCCGCAAGCCCCUCAUGGCCACGUCUGUCAUGGAGGAUGUGGCGGGC